CUUUUUGCUCCAUUUUCUUUCGCCGUCUUCCGAUUCCGCUCGGUUCGGGUCGUGAUCCGGUUACUCUCUACCGGAGCUUCUCUAGGGCUUGCGUCACUCUCGCCGUCUCUUCCUACUCUAACCUUGCUUUGCUCUGCUUUGCCGAAGCUCUCUGGAGGUUGAGACGAAGAAGAAGAAGGCGAGCGAGAAUUAGCAAACGGAAUCACUGAUCGAAUCGCACUCUGCAAGUCUCACUUUUGUAAAGAGAGGGUGUUUUAGGAGGUGUCUUUAGAUAUGACAAUGGCCAAGAAGAACAGGUACCCUGGAGGGGGAGGGUAUUACGGAGGUGUUUUUGAGCCGGCGGGGGAAUAUGAGUGUUCAGGUAGCUCAGGAAGAAUGGACGCAGAAGUAACUGUCUCUGAGGGUUCGAGUGCUCCGAAAAGGAAGUGUAUUAGUUUGAAUUCUAAUAAUCACGACAGUUUCAGAGUGCCCAAGCAGGUACUUCCGGUGUCAAGCAUGUUGUCUUCAGAAAGGAAGGAGUUGAUAAAUAGGUUGAGAACGGAGCUUGAACAGGUUCAAGUACUGAAGAAGAGAGUUGAAAUGCAUAGAAGCAAUGGGGUUACAGUGUCAUCUUCUAGUGAUAUUCUCAGUUGUAGCAAUGGACCAAAUGGGCUGCAUGUAGAAAAUUUGCCAAAGUCAUCAGCUUUAUCUUCUGAAUACGGGAAAACACAGUACCCUGCGGCUCAGAAAGUGCAUGAAUUGAAUCGCGGCAAUUUUGGUAGGUUCAAGUCGGUCAGUCAGGCUUCAACACCGAGCACUGCAACUGUGAUGAAACAAUGCAAGUCUUUAUUGCAAAGGUUAAUGACCCAAAAAAUUUCCAAUCCAUUCAACAAACCUGUAGAUAUAGUGGCAUUAAAGAUUCCGGAUUACUUCACUAUUAUCAAGCAUCCAAUGGAUUUGGGUACAAUACAGAAAAAGCUAACUUCAGGAUCUUAUUCAAGCCCAUAUGAGUUUGCUGCUGAUGUUAGGCUUACUUUUACCAAUGCUAUGACCUACAAUCCACGAGACAAUAUUGUACAUAUGUGGGCUGAUGAGCUUAGUAAGAAAUUUGAACUCUGGUGGAAACCCAUCGACAAGAAACUUCAAAAGGCAGAACCCCCAGCUAAAUCUACUCCUCAUGAAGACAUGGAAACUGCUAAGCCAAUCCUCCCUUCAAGAAAGAGGACGACCACUUCACUGCAACAUGAAGUGAAGUCUGAGCCUGCUAAGAGGGUAAUGUCAAUGGAAGAGAGGCUUAAUCUGACUAGAGAAUUGGAGUCUUUUCAUCCAGAAGAUAUGCCUUCAAGUAUCAUCCAGUUCUUGAGCGAACAUAGUUCAAAAGGAAAGGAGAAUCCAGAAGGUGAGAUUGAGAUUAGCCUCGAUGUCCUCAGUGAUGAUACCUUGUUUACAGUUCGGAAACUCUUAGAUGAGUAUGCUCAAGAGAAAGAAAAGAAUCAUGUGAGGGCUGAGCCUUGUUCGAUGGAGCUCUUGAAUGACUCUGGGUUGAGCAAUUCAUCCAUGCAGCCAUGUGAAGGGAAUGACCUUGCUGAGGAGGAUGUUGAUAUUGGUGGAAACGAGCCCCCUGUCUCAAGCUAUCCUCCUGUUGAGAUAGAAAAGGAUACAUGCCAUAGAAGCAGUAAAAACAUAAGUUCAAGCAGUUCCAGUGAUUCAGAUUCAAGCAGUUCCGAGAGUGAUAGUGAUGAUGAUGAUAAGGCCUCUAGUCCAGUACCACAACCCUUCUGUUCUGAAGCUCAAGCAGAUGAAAAGACAACGGUUGGAAAUCCCCUUGAAGGAACUCAGUCUGAUAGUGGGUUGGAUCAAGUCGAAGAGACUUCCCAGCCAAAGCCAAGUUCUGUUGAAUCAGAUAGCCGCCAGGAUGGGGACAAUGCUCCCACAGAGAGGCCAGUCACCCCUGAUAAGCAGCAUAGAGCCGCUCUGUUGAAGCAUCGUUUUGCUGAUACCAUUUUGAGAGCUCAAGCAAAAACCUUUGAUCAGGGUGACAAAGGGGAUCCUGAGAAAUUGCGACGGCAGAGGGAGGAACUUGAACUGCAACAGAAGAAAGAAAAGGCCCGGUUGCAAGCAGAAGCAAAAGCUGCUGAGGAAGCAAGAAUGAAAAAGGAAGCAGAAGCUGUAGCUGAGGCUAAACGAAAGAGGGAGCUUGAGAGGGAAGCAGCCAGACAGGCAUUGCUGCAGGUGGAGAAGACUGUUGAAAUCAACGAUUCUCGGUUCCUUCAUGAUAUUGAAAUGCGAUUGCUUACAGCCCCUAUGGAGAAGUUACCAAUCAAAGUAGAUGAAACAAGCCCAGAUCAUUCCGAGGAUGGUUUGGGUGGUUUCAAUUUCCAUGGCAGUAACCCCUUGGAACAACUCGGCCUGUUCAUGAAAGAGGACCCAGAUGAUGAUGAAGAAGAAGCUGCUGAGCUUGUUGCUCCAAAUCCUGUCGAUGAUGUAGAGGAGGGAGAAAUCGGCUGAAGUACAUCCUGCUCCUCUUUUUCGCCCCACCGCCGCAUCUGUACUUACGAACAGCCCAGAAAGUAAAACACAGAAAUUUUCUUGUUCUUUUGUUCGAAAACGAUACAAAAUGUCUGCAAUUUUGGUAGUGAAAUGGUAAAUCUCAGUAAAACCUUUUAACCGGAA